AUGAAUGUUGAUGAUGGCGACACCGUCGCCUCGGAAGAGAAGGGAGGCGCCGGUCGCAGGGCGGGGCCGCCAGGCGCAUCAGCGCCGGGGAAGCGCACCAAGAUGGGCCUCAAGCCCAGGGCUCGCGCAUGGUACCAGCACUACGUCGCCGAGCUCAUCCUGCGCCAGAAGCCGCUCCCGCCAAGCAAGGACGGGCGGCGCAUCCCGCUGCGGCUAGACGACGACAAACCGCUCAUCGACGAGCGGCGCGGGCACGCCUACAUAUCCAACGUCAUCAGGACGUCGCGGUACACCGUGUACAACUUCCUGCCCAAGCAGCUGAUCUUCCAGUUCUCGCGCCUUGCGAACUUCUACUUCCUGUGCGUCGGCGUGCCCCAGACCAUCCCCGGCCUGAGCACCACGGGCAGCUACACCACCAUCCUGCCGCUGCUCUUCUUCGUCCUCCUCACCGUCGCCAAGGAGGGCUUCGACGACUGGAGGCGCCACCGCCUGGACAGCGUCGAGAACGCCCGCACCGCCACCGCUCUAAGGCGGGCGUCGUCGUCAUCGGCGGCGACGGCGCAAGCGGGGCGCACUGGCGCCGCCGGGACGUGGUUCCGGUUCAGGCGCAGGCUGCUCGGCAGGCUCAAGCUCGGAGCGACGACGAAGCCUUACGAUCCGGGCAAUUUUCGGGUCGUCCCCGCCGACGGGGAGGCCAACGACACGGGCUUUGAGUGGACCGGCGUGGCGUGGCGGGAUCUCCGGGUGGGCGACGUGGUCCGGCUGGCGCGGGACGACGAGGUCCCCGCGGACUUGGUGCUGCUGCACGCCGACGGGGAGAACGGGCUCGCGUACGUCGAGACCAUGGCGCUUGACGGCGAGACGAACCUCAAGCCCAGGAGCGUGUCGCCCGCGCUCGACGGCUGCUGCGGCACGGUCGCGGGCGUCGCGCGCUGCGCCGCCGAGUUCGUCGUCGAGGACCCGAACCCGGACCUGUACCGGUUCGACGGCCGCGUCGUCGUCGGCGGCGGCGCCGACGGCGGCCAGACGCUGCCCCUCACGCUCAGCGAGGUCGUCUACAGGGGUUGCACGCUGCGCAAUACGGCGUCCGCUGUCGGGAUCGUGAUUAACACGGGCGAGGAGUGCAAGAUCAGGAGGAACGCGAACAGGCACCCCACCGCGAAGAAGCCGGCACUGGAGAGAGUCGCUAACAGGAUCGUCAUCACGCUGGCUAUCUAUGUCGUCCUCCUGUCUGUGGGCUGCUCGAUGGGCUAUAUCAUCUGGCGCAAGUCGACGGAGCGGGAGUCUUGGUAUCUUGACAAUGCGUCGGUCGCGUUCCAGGAGAUCAUCAUUGGCUUCGCCAUCCAGUUCAACAACGUCAUCCCGCUGGCGCUCUACAUCAGCUUGGAGAUCGUCAAGAUCGGCCAGAUGAUCUUCCUAAACUCGGACACGGAGAUGUACGACGAGGUCUCGGAUACACCUGCGAGGUGCAACACCAACACCAUCCUCGAGAACUUGGGCCAGAUUGGCUACAUCUUUUCCGACAAGACGGGGACCCUGACUGAGAACGUCAUGAAGUUCCGGAAGCUGAGCAUCGCGGGAACUGCAUGGCUGCACGACACGGACAUUGAUACCGGGGAAGACGCUUUGCCGCUCGACACAAAGGAGGAGUACAAUGCUAAGGGAAAGGAGAUGGAGUAUGGAAUGGAGAUGUUGCCACCCAAACUGGAGAGACGGUCCUUGGGAGAUUCCCUGAGGCCAACACCAACUGUGGUUUCUCCCGCCUCCCCAACAUCGCCGGAGCCAGGUCGACGGUCCUCCUCGCACUGGCGCUCCACAGCGCGGCCCGACCAUAUCCAGCCGGAGCUCAACACCAGGGACCUUAUCGAGUACAUUCGCUUGAAGCCAGAUUCUCCAUUUGCAAAGCGGGCGACCCAGUACCUUCUGGCCAUCGCCCUCUGCCACACCUGCCUACCCGAGAUGAAGGAUGGAGAGUUGAAUUUCCAGGCGGCCUCGCCCGACGAGCUGGCGCUGGUGCAGGCGGCGAUGGAGCUCGGCUUCGUCGUCGUCCAGAGGUCGACCCGCACUAUCACUCUCAGAGUCCCAGACAGAGACGGCGCCGAGACGCAGCAGGUGUACGAAAUCCUCGACGUGAUCGAGUUCAGCAGCAAGAGGAAGAGAAUGACGGUCGUCGUGCGCUGCCCGGACGGGCGGAUCUGGCUCAUCACCAAGGGCGCCGACUCGGCGAUUCUGCCGCGCCUGAAGAUGGCGCAUCUCGCUCUCCAGAAGGCCGACGAGGUCCGGCAGAGCGCGGAGGCGGAGCAGGAGCUCUGGAGGAGGAGCGAGGCGAGAGAGCCGCGCAACAGCUUUGGCGGUCGGCCGAGCCUGGCCAUCAGGAGGAGCAUCGGGCUCUGCCCGGGUGUUCCCGGGCCGAGCAGGCGGCCGAGUCAGAACAGAAGCCGGUCGUUUGAGACGGGCAGCAGACUCCGCAAGUCGGAGGAUCGUCUGCGGAACUCCCUCACCAUCCGGACGGUUUCGUUGGAUGUGUCGUACGGGGCUCGGAUGCCGCCUCCGCCGUACCAGGGUGCUGCGCCUACGCCUGACAAGUUCGCCUUUCUCGAAGAUCCCUCUGUCUGCGACGACUCUCAAAUCUUCACGCGAUGCUUCCGGCACCUCGACGAGUUCGCGACCGAGGGGCUGCGCACUCUGCUCUACGCCCAGAAGUACGUGCCGGAGCAGGAGUAUCUCUACUGGAAGAAGGGUUUUGACGACGCCACGACGAGCCUGGUGGACAGGCAGGAGCGCAUCGAGGCGGCAGGCGAGCUGAUAGAACAGUCGCUAGAGCUCGUCGGGGCGUCUGCCAUCGAGGACAAGCUGCAGAAACGCGUCCCCGAGACGAUCGACAGGCUCAGGAGGGCGAAUAUCAAGAUAUGGAUGCUCACGGGCGACAAGCGCGAGACGGCGAUCAACAUUGCCCACUCCGCGAGGGUGUGUCUCCCUGGUUCGGACAUGUACAUCCUGGACGUGACCAAGGGGGACCUCGAGGCCCAGCUGGUGGGGGUCAUGGAGGACCUGCAGGUGCUGCCGGGCGGCACGGGCGGCACGGGCGGUUCCACCCUAGGCCACUCGGUCGUCGUCGUCGACGGCCAGACCCUGGCGGCCAUCGACGAGCCCGGCGCUGCCAACCUGCAGGUGCUGUUCUACUCGCUCAUCCCGACCGUCGACUCGGUCAUCUGCUGCCGGGCGUCCCCGGGCCAGAAGGCGCACCUGGUGCGGGCGAUCCGCAAGUCCGGGUCUGCGGAGCGCGGGUCGUCGUCGCCGUGGUGGUCGUGGUGGUCGUGGGCGCGCACGGCGCCGCUGACGCUGGCGAUCGGCGACGGGGCCAACGACCUCGCGAUGCUGGCCGAGGCGCACGUCGGGGUCGGGGUGUCGGGCCGCGAGGGCCUGCAGGCGGCGCGCGUGGCCGACUACAGCGUGGCGCAGUUCCGGUUCCUCGCCCGCCUGCUGCUCGUGCACGGGCGGUGGAGCUACUCGCGCACCGCGCGCUUCGUGCUCGCCACCUUCUGGAAGGAGAUGUUCUUCUACCUGCCCACCGCGCUGUACCAGCGGUCCAACGGGUACACGGGCACGAGCCUGUACGAGAACUGGAGCCUGACGGUGCUGAACACGCUCUUCACCAGCCUGGCCGUCAUCGUGCCGGGCAUAUGGGAGCAGGACCUCGCCCCCGAGACGCUGCUCGCCGUGCCGGAGCUGUACGUCUACGGCCAGCGGGACCAGGGGCUGAACCUGGGCAAGUACGUGGGGUGGAUGGUCGCCGCUGCGGCCGAGGGCGUGCUCGUCUGGUUUGGCUGCUGGGCUGGGCACGGAUAUCUGGGCCGGGUGCAGGACGAGGGCCUAUACGCCCUCGGCGAUCUCGUCUUCUCGGUCGCUAUCAUGUGGACCAACUUGAAGCUCCUUAUUAUCGACACGCACUACAAAACAGCCAUCGUCCUCGCCUCCUUCACCAUAACGACCGGCGGCUGGUGGGCGUGGAACGGCUUCCUCUCGGCGGCCUACUUCAGCGCCGUGUCGCCAUACGCCGUCAAGGGCGGCUUCGCGAUCACGUUCGGCACAGACCCGGCCUGGUGGGCGACGCUCGCCGUCGUGCUGGCCGUGCUGGCCGUCGCCGAGCUGGGGUACCGGGCGGUGAAGCGCAGCCUCGUCGUCAUGGGCCUGUGGGGGUGGAGCAGGCUGUCGUGGGCUACGUGGGGGAGGUUGCUCCGCGGGGGGGUCGGGGCCGGCGCGGUCUGGUCGGGCGAGGGCGUGCGGAAUAGCGUUGAGGAGUGGGGGGUGGAGAUGUGGCAGGAGAUGGAGAGGGAUGCCGGUGUUAGGGAUAUGCUGGGGAAGAUGAGCCGCGAUGAGAAGGGGGAGGAUGAGGGGGAGGAUGUAGACGAGUGUGAGGAUGGGAAUGGGAAUGCGGAUGGGGCUAGGUGUUGA